AUGGCGAUGUCAAUCGCGUGGCCUAUGUCGCUAAUAGUGUAUUCUGCAUGCGUCGUGCUUAGUCUUCAGCUCGCUGUCAGUGCCGCUCAAUCUCAGCGUAGUCGGAGGAGUCCUGAUUUGACUGGGGACGACUCGGUCAUCGAGAGACGGACUUUUCCCUGCAUGUGGAACAUUGACCCUGGUACGAGCGGCGAAAUAGCGGAGCUGCUGAAACCGCACAUGCCGGGGAAACGUCUCAAAUGCUACGGAUACUCUCCGCUGAGUCGCGCUCAGGUUACGGCGGGUACAACCAUGCUAUCUGUGGCUCUGAUGCCACUAUAUGGGCCUACAUCAGAGGCAGCGAAACCAGAUGAAUGUACGAAUCCCAGGUUCCAUCUCAUGGUACAGCUGGUUGAAGCCAUGAAGCUACUGCUAGAGGAUGCUUUGCAGAACAGCUCUCUCCUAGCACAAACCUUACAUGGGGUUGAAAUACAUGAUUCGUGUGGACUGGCGGUUGCAACUUAUGAUGGGGCAAUGAGAAUGAUCGGCCGUUAUUCGACCGAAGCGAAGACACUAUGUAAUGAGAAACGCCGCAGCGAACUGGCCACGGGUGUCGUCAACCCACAAGCGCAGUGCAGUUUAGAUACGGGCCCACCGCACAUCGGAGCCCUGAUCGGACCAGGCCUGAGCAAGGGCGUGGAUGCUGCUACCUCCGCACUGAGCGUUUACCAAGUACCGCACAUCUCCUACUGGGCGACUUCUGACGAGUUCAUCGACAAGUUCGACUUUCCGUACCUCUUCCGCACGGCAUCGACCGACCAGCACGCGGCAGUGGCCAUCACGGACAUCUUGCGUCACUAUGGUUGGCACUACGUUGCAUUACUCCGCGGCCGGGACCCUGCGGCACGGGCUGAUGCGGCGGACACGUUCCGUGCCGUCAUCUCCAAGCACCCAAUAUGCUUGGCGAUGGAUGAACGUUUCACCCGGCAGGACAAAGAGAAGAUCCGCUUCAUCAUACGCAGGCUAGUCCUGGGAGCAGAUGAUUCGCCGUUCAACACACCCACAGUGGUGGUAUGCAUCGGCGGUUAUCUAUACGUUAAAGAAAUCUUCGCUGAGAUGAAGAAGAUGGCGGCGGAAAGUAGCGUAUUCCAGGCACAGCUUGCCCGUAAACACCUUGUCUGGAUUGCUAGUGAUGGCUGGUUAGGCUCUGCUCCGAGAAUCCUGCCCCCACCCAAUCUCUGCCAGGAUGUGCAGAACCGGUCGGAGUGUCUUGGCCAUCACACCGUCAUUGGGCCGCUGUUUCGCGUGCCGCAGGUGUUCAUCGAGGACGCACGCAACUUCGCACGACGUUUACACACUCACCUCGGCAGUCUGCACGUCACAGAGGAAAGUGUCGUGAAGAACCCAUGGCUGGCUAUUGCCUGGCAGAAGUAUUUCAACUGCUGCCUUGACUUCUGGGGCGAGGUGCCGAAUUGCCGGAGCUGUGAUACAUCCAAAUCAGUGGGCGAUGUAUUCGGUUCUCCCGUUAUGCCACCCAUAUCAUCUGGCAGUCUGUGGAUAGCUGUCCAAGCGGCGUUUCGCAUGUUUGAGAACAUCGCAGCGGACAUUGUUCGCCGGAACCUGAUGAACGAGUUCCCCAGCGGCCGCGCCCUGCGACAGCUGAUUCAGAACAUAACUCUGGCGUGUCGAGACGGCAAAGGGCGAAGCGCAACAUGCCAGGUGUUUCAUGCACGCCAGGAGAUAGCGCCCAGCUAUAGCAUCAAUGCUGUUGUGGCACAGAACGAUGGGGUUUGGCAUCUGCUGGAGAUUGGGAACUGGGAGGCGUCGGACACCGGCGCUGCCGAAGGUUACAUUUCGAUCACGUGGAACAAGACGAAGCCCGCCGGUCUGCAUCUAUGGGCGAAUGGCAGUCCGGAGACGCCUACGUCCACCUGCUCUGAACCGUGCAGCGGCGGCAGAGUGCAAACGCAGAGUUACAACGGCAAUCAGAUCCACUACAACUUGGCGCGGUGCUGCUGGAUCUGUGUCGUGUGCCCGGCUCGCCAGUAUAGCACGGGAGAUGCUUGCCAGCCGUGCGCCGAUGGCUUCACGGCCAACCGCAACCAGUCGCAGUGCGUGCGACUCGAGAAGUAUGUCUACACGUUCUCGUCCACGCCAGCGAUAGUCAUACUCACCCUGACUGGAGUGGGCGUGAUGAGUACUAUUAUAACGGCCGUGAUACUCAUUGCUUGGAGAGCUAGCCCCAUUGUCAAGAUGGCCAACUGUCAACUCAGCAUGGUGACAUUGCUCUUCGUCUUUCUUGGUAAAUCAAGCACAAUCCUAAUAUUCACCGAACCAAACAUACGCAACUGCUCAGUGUCCUUUGUGGUGGUCACGUCCAUAUUUCUGACUUCAAUAUUCACGAUUUUGAUCCGAUACCUGCGCGUCAUAUCCUCCAGCCGGUUGUAUCGCAGCAUCGGUCCGAAGUUGCGAGCACGUUCGCGGCGUGUCGCCAAGACAUUCGCAAAGCAGAUGAAAUUGCUAGUGGUCCUGAGCUCGGGCCUGCUUCUCCUGCUCAUCCUGGUUGUGAUCAUCGAGCCGGUAAAGGCUCAUGAGCGAGAGGUGGCCAUGGCAUCGCAGGUGGAGCUGCACCGCUACUGCAGAGUGUGGUUGUUCUAUACCGUCCCUGCGUGUAUGCUGUCCCUGGCUAUCCUGUUCGGCUUGCUCUUCUUGGCCUACGCGAUACGCCGGCUGAAGCUCUCGUUGCUUGAGCACCGCGGAACCGUGCACAGCGAGGCCGUUCUCCUCGGUUACCUGACCAUCGUCCUAUGUAUUCUGAAUUCAUCGCUCGUUCUAGGCGCCUCGUUGACGGAUGAAGUUGUCAGACGUAUCAUGUUCGCCAUUUUGAUCAAUAUCCACAACGAUGCCAUUCUCACCAUUCUCUUCUUCCCUAGGAUCUACGCGAUUUUCUUCUCCACUCCCGGCACACCUCGCGACUUUGCCUCCGAAGCAGACAUGCGCUAUGCCCGGCCUAGGUCGCUCGUCACCCUGAACUCACCAGACUGGGAGCGUCGCCAAUGGUCGUUUAACCAGGCAUCGACUGGAAGUCCGCUCGGUGUGUGCAAAGAGCUUGGUGACUCGCUUGAGUCCAUUGACUUCAGAGACAAUGGACACAGUGCCAGUAGCACACGUGCCAAGAAGGCUCUGAGAAAGACCAGUUUCAUCAGUGUCGAUCUUCUCUCCAGAAGAGCGCAGAGCCUGCUCAAGCGCCCCACACAACGACGUGCCUCAUCUUUCACCACCCCGGCUAGACUACCUGCAGCUGAAAGUCCGAUUACCCUUGGUCACCAUGACGCCAAUGGAAAAGUUUUACCUGCAGUGACUCUUAGUACUGAUUCUCCUUUUGCUUCCAGCGCUCAAUCCAACGACUACCUAUUGUUUGAGUAUUCACUUUGA